AUGGUAGACGAGCCAAAAGAAGCAGCUGUAAAAAAGGAAGAUACCGACAGCGGGGAAACGGUAGGUGGAAAUGAUUUGGAAAUGAGUGAGGGUAGCCCCGGGGCAACGGGCAAUCUGGAUGAGAAAUCAGAUCUCGGCGUUACACACGGCGUUAAAGGAGAGCCCGGCAAGGAAUCGGUAUUGGGUCCUUCAGUCGAUGAGCUUACUCAAGUGGACAUGGCGAAAGAGGGAUCAAUCGUUGUUGGUCCUACCAACGACGAAAAGCUUGCUGAGGGCCGCCAACCAAGCUCCCUUGAACCUACCACCAUUAGUGAAAGUCCUACCACAGAUUCAGACCCUGAAAUACACAGCCUUGAUGAGAGCCUUGCGGCUAGUGUCCAACCAAUUCCCCUUCAACAUCGAAGUUUUAAUGAGACGGGCCCACCACCAUCUGAGGAUGAUCAAGGGAUUGUUUCCAACAUUGCCGCUGGUGCUCCACAGCAGCUUAUUGAGGCUGAGCUUGUCGUCACGAAUGGCGAUGUGGAGGAGGGUGUGAGCAAUGCAAAAUCUGAUGACGGAGAUGUCAUGGUGGUGGCAGUUGAAGAAGACGCGGCAAAACCACCACCAGAAAAAACACCCACAACUGCCCAUUUUCUUCUGGUGGUUGCUGCCAUCACCAUUGUUGGGCUGAUUGUUUUGGUAGCCAUGAUUGCGGGUAACGAGGGGGGAAAGGACGACCAAGAUCUUGUUCCCAGCCCAAAUAAUCUUGCAGGAGGUGGAGCCAACACUACCAACAGCAACUUGUCCUUGACAAAUGUUAGUGGUGGCAACAUUAGUGCUUCCUCUGGAUCAACAACACCUGUACAUAAUGAGUAUCAAACUUGUGGAUCACAGAAUCAGAGGCAGGCUGACUACAGAGGAACAAUCAAUGUGACAGUAGGUGGUGUGCCAUGUCAACGCUGGGAUGUACAAAUACCUCACUUUCACUCCAAGACACCUUCAAACCACCCAAACUCUGGCUUGGAAGAAAACUAUUGCCGAAACCCAGAUGGGGAAUCCAGGACUUGGUGCUACACUACAGAUAUUGGAAUUAGGUGGUCCUUCUGUAAUGUACCGUACUGCUCUGGUCCCCCAGGAUCACUGGUGCAGGAUUUGCCUAAUGGAUCAUGUAUUGACCAAACCAUUGUACUAAGGGAUGCAAUACUCGCAUACUUUAAUGAUAGCAGUCAAGACUCCUUGGUGGCACAGCGAUUGGGUUGGCCUAUAGGGAACUGGUGCUUUUCAUCUGAGCUGAAGAGCCUUGAAAGUGCUUUUGAGCCUCUUCUUGGUAUGGGUGAUGAAGGUAUUUCCACGGAUAUCUCAAACUGGGAUGUGUCCAGUAUCUGGGACUUCAGGAACCUGUUUGCUGGUGUCCAUGACAUUUCUUCUUACUGGGGUUUCCAAAACUGGAAUACAUCCAGUGCCUUGAAGAUGGUAGGAGUCUUUCAGGACACCAGAUGGAACCAUGAUGCCCCACCAUUGGAUCUGAGUGGAUGGGAUGUCUCCAAGGUUAUAAAUCUUCAAGCUAUGUUCCAGAAGAGCACUGUUCAGCAGGUCAAUAUUUCCACGUGGAAUAUCCAAAGAGUUACUUCUCUCCAAAGAUUUUCAGACGAGGCAUCAAUGUUCAAUGAGGACAUUUCUGCUUGGAACACCAGCAGUCUUGAAAAUUUGCAGGCCACAUUCAUGAAAGCUACACUGUUCAACCAAGAUCUGUCUGGAUGGGACACCAGCAAGGUUACAAACAUGAACAACCUGUUCCGAGACGUACCCGGUUACAAUUUUCCUAUGAAUGCUUGGGAUGUUUCUCAAGUAAAACAAAUGAGGCAGAUAUUCACUGGUGCCUCUGAAUUCAAUCAGGACAUUUCUGGAUGGAAUGUUUCCAAAGUUGUGGACUUGAGGUGGGCCUUUAUGGGUGCCAUUUCUUUCAAUCAGAACCUCUGUGAAUGGGGAGCCUUGCUUAUGCACAAUGUCAAGCUCGAUGGGAUCUUUCUGAAUACUUCCUGUCCCAACUGGACAUCUCCUGAUCUCUCCAGAGGUGGGCCUUUCUGCCACAACUGUGAGUAG